AGCAAGUUGGUGACAGCACACCCUCUAGGUCCAGGAUCCAGGGACUUAGUGAGAGUCAUGGCAAAAGGGGUAGGGGUGUUUAGAAAGGACACCUGAGAAGGGGAGAUGGCCAGCCUUCUGGUUGGUUUUUCCUGUUCUCUCUCAUUUCCUGUGAUGGCAGUGGGGGAGGGGCUCCCCAGCACUGGGGCCUCUGCAUCGUUUCCCCUUCCUCCUGUGACCUCCUGAGGCCCAGCCUUGAGUGCCAAAGAGGACACGCAGAGAGACAAGGCUGUCUGUGCCCAGACUCCGGAGCACCCCCUGCACCACCAUGACUGGGCUGCUGAAGAGGAAGUUUGACCAGCUGGAUGAGGACAACUCCUCGCUCUGCUCCUCCUCCUCCUCCUCUGUGUCCUCCUCGGGCCGCCACUCCCGCUCCUGCUCCCCGAGCUCUUCAGUUUCCCUGGCCUGGGACUCGGACGAGGAGGGUCCCUGGGAUCAGACGCCCCUGCCUGACCGUGACUUCUGUGGCCCCCGAAGUUUCACCCCCCUGUCUAUCCUGAAGCGGGCUCCCCGGAAGCGCCCAGGCCGCGUGGCCUUCGAUGGUAUCACCGUCUUCUACUUUCCUCGGUGCCAGGGCUUCACCAGCGUGCCCAGCCGUGGCGGCUGCACUCUGGGUAUGGCCCCUCGCCACAGUGCCUGCCGCCGCUUCUCCUUGGCCGAGUUUACACAGGAGCAAGCCCGGGCCCGGCACGAGAAGCUCCGCCUGCGCUUGAAGGAGGAGAAGCUGGAGGUGCUGCAGUGGAAGCUUGCAGAGGCUGGGGUGCCUGAGACGGAGGCCAGCCCGCCACUUACCGUGGACGCCAUUGAUGAUGCCUCUGUGGAGGAGGACUUGGCAGUGGCCGUGGCAGGCGGCCGGUUGGAGGAGAUAUCCUUCCUACAGCCCUAUCCAGCCCGGCAACGGCGGGCUCUGCUGCGGGCUGCCGGUGUGCGGAGAAUCGAUCGUGAGGAGAAGCGGGAGCUGCAGGCUCUGCGCCAAUCCCGAGAGGACUGUGGCUGUCGCUGCGAUAGGGUCUGCGACCCUGAGACCUGCAGCUGCAGCCUGGCAGGCAUCAAGUGCCAGAUGGACCACACAGCAUUCCCCUGUGGCUGCUGCAGGGAGGGCUGUGAGAACCCCAAGGGCCGUGUGGAAUUUAAUCAGGCACGAGUUCAGACCCAUUUCAUCCACACACUCACCCGCCUGCAGCUGGAGAAGGGGGCUGAGAGCCUUGGGGAGCUGGAGCCUCCUGCCCAGGGUGGCCCACCCAGCCCUGGUGAGCAGGUCUUGGCCCCCACUUUCCCACUGGCCAAGCCCCCUGUGAGCAGCGAGCUGGGAGACAACAGCUGCAGCAGCGACAUGACCGAUUCCUCCACUGCAUCAGGCACCAGUGAGGCCCCUGACGGCUGCACCCACCCGGCCCUGCCUGGUCCUGGCUUCCCGCCUAGUGUGGAUGAUGAUAGCCUGGUUCGGAUCUUGAGUUUCAGUGACUCUGACCUGGGCGGAGAGGAGGAGGAGGAAGAAGAAGGGGGUGUGGGGAGCCUCGACAACCUCAGCUGCUUCCACCCAGCUGACAUCUUCGGUACUGGUGACCCUGCUGGCAUGGCCAGCUGGACCCACAGCUAUUACAGUUCUAGCCUCACAUCAAGCAUCCUGGAUGAAAACGCCAACCUGGAUGCCAGCUGCUUCCUAAACAGUGGCCUUGAAGGGUUGGGAGAAGGCAGCCUCCCUGGCACCUCAGGGCUGCCCAGCAUGGACGCCGGCCAGAGCAGCUCAGUGGACCUCAGCUUGUCUUCCUGCGACUCCUUUGAGCUGCUCCAGGCCCUGCCAGACUACAGUCUGGGGCCUCACUACACCUCCCGGAAGGUGUCUGACAGCCUGGACAACCUUGAGGCACCCCACUUCCUCUUGCCUGCCUUUUCUCCGCCUGGGGAUGCCAGCGCUUGCUUCCUGGAGUCCCUCGUGGGCUUGUCCGAGCCAGCUGCCGAGGCCCUGGUGCCCUUCAUGGACAGCCAGUUGUUCGAGGAUGCUGCCCCAGCGUCUCUGGUGGAGCCUGUGCCUGUGUGAGGACUGAAGUGCCUUUCUCCGGCCCCAGGAGCCCUGUUGCUGCUUUGUUGUAAUUUGGGGGCUCCCUGAGGUCUGUCUGGAACGGUCUCCCGUGGGCUGGCUCACCCACGUGGGCACUCCUAAUUUUCAUGCAACACUCUGGAUUGAUUUAUUUAUUUUUGUCAUUUUCUGUGCUAAGAGGGGGUGGGGAGGGGGCUUCCUCUUUCAGCUGCCCAGCCCCCGCACCCUCUGCCCCCACAGUCCCUUCCGCUUGCACGGCCCUGUGCCAGGAAGCGGAGGGAAUGUGGCUCCUCUGGAGCUUUGCAGACCCCUUUUCAGUCUUGUAUGAUGUUCCUUGGCCCAAAGACAGCGAGACAGGGCUGAAAUCAGCCACUUCUUACGGCUUCUCCUGCCAGCGUGAGCCAUAGACCCAUGGGUGGCUGAAUCCUCUGGACUGUGAAGACUAUAAUUUAUUUCCAUAAUUUAUUUGGAGACUAAGUGGCUUAGGCUUCUCCUCUUUGGCUGGUGGGCAGUGCUGGGGUCGGGUGGGGUGCAGACCCCUCUGAGUCCCUUUUGCCUUAUAGUCCUGCAGCCCUGCCUGUCUGGGCUUUGGUGUAGACCGGGUGUGGAUCUGAGCCCUAUGUCGACUAUGGCAGCUGCCUGGCUCUGGAUGGCUGAGCAGGGAGGGGCUGCCCGGGACAGCGUCUGGGCAGGGGGAGGGGCUGGGCUGACCAACCGUGACCAAAACCCUGUUCUGCCCCACACAGCCCUCUCUGCUUCCUGUCCUCUGCCCCAUCUUCCCCGUUCCCAAAGGUCACAGCCUUUAUUCGGCCCUUUAAUGUAGGAGGGGGAAGCAGGAGGCCCAAAGAGGGCCAGGGGUUUGCCUCAGGGCCUGCAGCAUGCCCCUGACUACUAUCUCAGGGCUUUCUGGGCACUGCACUCCAGCCUGGUCCACCUGCCCAUGCCCUAAGGCCAGCUGGCCAGGGACAAGGGGUGGCUCCUUAUGGCUUUUAUGCCCUUCGUUUGCUGAUGUUGAAUUCCGCAUCAUAAUUUCUAUAUUGUCCCUGAGUAUUAGAACUAUAAUUUAUUCAUUUUUCUCUGUGUCUGUGCCAAGAAGCCCAGGCUCCGGGCCUUCCCUCUUGCCCAGGAGGCCUUGCCAGCCUGCGGGCUUGUGGGAACACUUUGUACCUGAGCUUACAGGUACCAAUAAAGAUGCUCUAUUUUUAA